AGCAUGGCAUUUUGGGAUACUUGUCCCCAUCAUGGCGGAUGAGGUAGUUGGCUAACGUGAGCGGUUAGCACAUUCAGCGAUUAUUUGGUGUCACACAUUGAAUGACUGUAGCCAUCCUGCACUUUCUACACAAGGACCGCAUCCACGGGACAUACACCGGUGUUGAGUGAGAGAGCAGCAAGGCUGUGACAUUAAGAGAGCAUUUAAGGAAAUCAGGGGCACCAGCACAAUGGACUGUGCAGUGGAUAUCCCCUCAGGUGAAGAUGAGGCACCUGCGAAAGACGAUAUGCAUGUGAAGGAAGUGAAUGAGCCACCUCCCAAGAAAAACAAGAAGCACAGAAAACACAAGAGCAAAAAGAAGAAGAAAAAGAGGAAGGGGGAUAAGGAGAGCAGUUCAGAGACCGGUGCUGAGUCAGAUGUAGAGACACCAUCAACUCCAAAUCCUGUCAGGACCACCAGAGCCAGGAACCUCCCCGAAAAUGAAUUGCUAGCCGUUAGCCUCGUUAUAAACAGAACUGAACUAGGUGCUAGACUGGCAGCAUCUGUAGGAAGUGAAGACCAAGCUGGACUGAAGGAGGAGGGAAAAAGGGAUGCAAUUACAGAUCGCGCAGAUACAGAGGGAGAUGCAAAAUCCAAAAAACACAAAAGACACGCUGCCAAGAAGAAGAAAAAGAAGAAGAAGAAAGACGAAAAGAAAUCUCCAUCUCGCUCCCCAUCUGAAAGCAGCUCGGCUUCAGGCUCUGACUCUGAAGGUGAAGGGGGGAAAGUGGCUGCUGAUGGAAAAUACUCUCCAGCUGCAGCAUCUGACCAACAAGAACCAGUGUCUAAACUUGUUUUAAAAAGUAAACGUGGUGAUAAAUCUGAAUUGCUUGGAGUGAAGAAAAAGGAGAUAUCAGAUAUGGAUGCGUCUCCAGCUGGAGAGAAAGGCAGCAAUACCAAUCAAACAGAAAAGGAUAUGAGAUCACCCUCUGCGGGCCAGGAUGAGAUAAUUGAAACGGCAAUAGUUAAGACGGAGGGUAGUCAAGAGGGUACAUUCAGCCAUGCCCAGGAACUCCCUGACAUCAUCCCUAAACUGGAAGGUGCUACCCCAAGAGAUGAGCCAGGCCUGAAAGAUCAGUCCAAUUCAGUUCAGAGGGCUCAGCUGAUAGAGCGUGAUUCUUCCAGAUGCAGGUCUCCUUCCCCUCCCAAGGGCCUAGAAAUGAAGAGGUCUGGUUCAAGUCAUAGUCGCUCACCAACACCUAGUCCUACUCGGGAGCAGUCUGGGCAAACAGCAGCAGCAGCAGCAGCAACAAAAGAACGGUCAAGAACCCAUUCCCGGUCAACCUCUAAAGAAAAACGGUCUAUAACUCCUCUAAAAAAUCGGCAGCUAUCCCGCUCUCAGUCUCCUAGAUCUAAGAGGAAGUCACUCUCCCAGUCCCCAAAAAGAGAUAUCUGUCAGUCCCGGUCCACCUCUCGCUCCCUCACUCCCAAGAAGAAGGUGUCAAAGUCUCCAAGGAAGUCCAAGUCUCCUAAACGUCGGAGGAGUUCAUUGUCUGUUUCUCCCAAGCGACGCAGAAGUUCCCACUCUCCUAAAAGAAAGUUGUCACGAUCCCCUAAACGGGGUGGCCGCAGGUCUCCCUCUCUAUCUCGGUCUCCAAGGAGAAGUCAAAGGCACUCCAGGGCCCACUCACCAAGGCGAGGUGGGGCAGUUGGUAGGCGUUCAAGGUCACGUUCUGUCGCUAGAAAGCGCCGCUCCAGUUCUAGAACAAGACGUCCUGUUCGUCGCUCCAGGACACCGGCAAGACGCGCAGGAGGGAGGCGCUCCAGGAGUCGAUCCGUGUCUCGGCGUAAGAGGUCACCUCCGCCCAGAUCCCGCCGCUCACGUUCUCGGUCGCUCCGCAGGGGCAGGCGUACUCGGUCACGUUCUGUUGUUGUCCUUAAGCGCAACCGGCACUCCAAAUCCAAGAGUCCUCGCAAACGGACCAAAUCCAGAACCCCUCCCUCCGGACGGCGCUCCGGUUCCCCCGCCAGGAGAAAUCGCUCUCCACCACGGUCUGGUAAACGCUCAAAAUCUCGCUCGUUGUCUCUACUCCGUCAGUCAAAGUCCCACUCACCUCCACCUGUCAAGAAGAGGUCAGAAUCUCCUAGGAGGAGUGAAAGAAGAUCAAAGUCUAAAUCCGUUUCGGCGGGCUUAAACAGAUCUAGAUCCAGGUCGCAGUCGAGUGAUGGGCAGUCUAACAACUCCUCCCCAGCCAGAUCCACAUCAUCCUCUCCUGUUAAAGAGGUGAAGCCUUCCACCCCUGAAGUUGAGACAGCUGUGGAAAGUGGAGGAUUUUCAGCUACACCAGGUGCUUGGAAACCCAUGCCCGCAGCAGCCGCUGCCCCCAGCCCCCAAGCUGAGAGCUCCUCAGAUACGUUGCCAGAGCAGCCUCAGGCGCUUUCUCCCAACAAGGACAAGGAAGAGAGGGAGUGUGCCGACUCAUCCAAUGAACAAGAGGUUUCCAGGUCCAGGUCUGGUUCCAGAGAGCCCGUCGCUGGUCCAGAUCGGUCAGAUCUUUCGGAAGGAUCAGAUGAAGAAGAGGAUCCUCCCUCUCCAGUUAAGCAGCUGUCCAAGUCACCCUCACCUCCGGAUGGAAGGAAACUGUCCCGCUCAAUUUCUCCACCACAACGAUCAACAUCCAAGUCCACAUCCCGAAGGAAGCCGUCAAGGUCUAAGUCUCCUGUGAGGAAAAGAGAAUCUGUCUCUCCACCGGAAAGGAAGAAACGGCGGUCCAAAUCUCGAACUCCUGCCCGGCGGAAGAAGUCCCGCUCCCCUGCAAGGCGGAAGAGGUCACACUCCAAGUCACGGACCAGAAUCCGGCGUUCCAAGUCCCGCUCGCCAACCCGAAAGAGACGAUCCCGCUCACCCAAUCCUCGUGGAAGGAGGAGGUCCAAGUCCACCGACAGGAACAAGCGAUCCAAGAGCCGCUCCACUGGCCGCAGAAAAAGAUCAGUAGACAGAAGCAGGCGCUCGCGGUCUCGUUCUGUUGAUCGCAGACGCAGGUCUAGGUCAAGGGGUCGAGGCAGGCGCCCGGUAUUCCGCAGUCGUUCGUUCGAUAGGCGGGACAGGUGGAAACGAGAACCCAGCCACUCUCCAGUUCUCAUUCUCCGCAAACAGCGCCGCUCAGGGUCCCGAGCACGACGCAGCACCAGCAAGACUCCUCCACGCCUCACUGAACUGGAUAAGGACCAGUUACUGGAGAUAGCCAAAGCUAAUGCUGCUGCAAUGUGUGCUAAGGCGGGGGUGCCCAUUCCUGAGAGUCUUCGACCGAAAGCCAUCCUCCAGCUCCCUCUACCCACUCCGUCUCCUGCUCCUCUCUCCUUACCACUACCUUUACCUCUCCCAAUGGGGAUGGGCAUGGGGAUGGGCAUGGGAAUGGGGAUGGGGAUGGGGAUGCCCAACAUGCCCAAUAUGCCUAAUAUGGGUCAGAUGGGGAUGUCCAAUAUUCCAGGAAUGCCCAGCAUGUCAAACAUCACCAUGAGUGCCGCUAUGGCAAGUAUGACAGCAGCUACUAUGACGGCUGCCUUGACCAACAUGGGUGCCCUCGCGUCCAUGCCUCCCCUUGCCCCGCUUCCUACCAUCACUAACAAGCCUCCACCGUGUCUUGCUCCCCCAACGCCAACCCUCAACCUGGACCACAUCGAGGAAGCAAAGAGAAAGGUCACCCAGCAAGCGAACAUACACACCAUAAAGGAGCUUACUGAGAAGUGUAAGAUGAUUGCUAAUAGCAAGGAGGAGAUGGCCAUCGCUAAACCCCAUGUCUCAGAUGAUGAAAGCUAAAAUCGCCACGCCACUCAAGCCGCUUCCCUCAAAGGACUGAAGGAAAGCAUAACAAACGCUUUACAGGAGGACCUACCUUCCCACAGUUCCCUUUGGCAGCCAGAUGACCUGACUGAGCCUCAUAAACCACCACCACCAAGAAGAAGAGCAUCCACGUUGUCACACUCAGGCAUACGGGCACCAGCCACUGCCCCACCCAGCUCCCCAGUUUGUUUCUGUCGGUGUGCGAGAGAGAGAGACUGGCAGACUGUCAACUGUGAUACCACUGAGUAAACUGGACACACUGACGUGUGCACAGUUGUAUGACUGUAUAGUGUGUGUGUGUGUGUGUGUAUGUAUGUGUGUGUGUAUAUAUAUAGUGACUUUCACCACCUCAAUGUUGCUGCUCAUUUAAGCGGUCACUGACGAAAGAGGAAACCAACCAAACUAACAAGUGGCGCAAGUGAUUUUGUAAAAGAUUAGUUUCUCUAAAUUUGAUUUACUUUUAUGCUUUCUAAAAAUAAUUGUUAAGUGGAGACUGCUUCCUUGUUCUUCUGUAUUCCCCUUGGUUAUCUUUAGUCCCCGGUUUUAUAAACAAAUAAUGCAGACAAAGUGUUGGUAGAUACUCAAAAAUGUCAUUUGUUGUCAAAAGCCUGGCUGCCCAGGGCGAGAGAGUGGCCACAUGUGAAUCCUGGAACAGGGUACCAGAUUUGAUUAUUUUGAAGGAAUGGCAUAUUGGCUUCAAAAAGCAUUUGGCUACGACAACUAAAUGUAACUAAUUCAGUUAGCACUGCCCUGGGUGUUUUCGUUCCCUUUAUUUUAAACGGCGCCAACCUAGUCUUGACUCUGUCAUGGUCUUUCUUUUGGGCUUUGUUGGGAUUUUUACCAACCUGGAAACGUGUUUGCUGUAGAUUUACAUGGACAUUUCAUCCGCUCCUCUUUUAACACCAACAUGCAGUGUUGUGUGUUUAGCAGAACGCUAUAAUGCAUAGUAUAAUUUAAGAUUCACAAAAAGCACACCAUUGGUAUUUGUUGGGAAUUUCCAUAAUGGCAUUUUAGAACGAGAAGACAUUUGGGCGAGUAAAAAACAUUUGAAAGAUCUGUUUCUAUCUUUUGUCAUCUGAGUUUGAGUUUGAAAGCAAUGCUGGUUGAUGACUGUUGUGUAGAUGCCAGACGGUGGGACCGUGCCAACAGAACCUACCAUAAUACCCAAAACCUCAGAUUCAGAUCUCAACUAAGAUUUGAUUGGACCUUCAGCUGAAUGAGUUUAGCUAUUUUUGGUUAUCCUGAUAAAAUGGAUGGGUAAAAAUGUAACUUCCUUUAAACUUUACACUGUAAAUGGUAAUUACUAUUCAUGUAUAAGAUCAUUUUUAGUUCACUAUUAUGAUACAUGAUAAACAAUAGGUAUUUAAUAAAAAUACGCUUUAGAUAUGCUUUUGCCUUUUUCUUGCUGUUUACAUUAUUGAAACACAAUUUCUAUUGUUGACUUUUAUAGAGGCGCACACACAGAACAUAAUUCAUUUUGUGCUAGGGGUGACAAAUUAGUUAUAGAGUUGAGUAUGUAGGUUUUGUGUAGUAGACAAUCAAUUUCUCGGUCUCAAGAUGCUUUUCUUGAAAGAACUAACCAAAUUAAAUGUCUGGCAGCAUUGUCUUCAGGUGGCAAAUAGAGAAUUAUUAAGAUGACUGCAAACAUCACAAAUAAACCCAACAAGCCCUUUCCAUUAUUCGAUUGGCGAAUUUAAUAUCUGCUUGACUCGUAAAUGUUUCUCUGGCCCAGAGUAGGUCUUCUGUGUGAGCUGCAUCUUGGUAAGCGGGGUCCAUGUUUCAGUGAAUGCGUUUGUCCCAUUGGAUAACUGAAGAACAAAAAUGUACUUGGUGCUUUUGGGGAAACUGGCAGGGGUGUGGUUUUUAAGGAAUCUUCCACUCAUAACUCUUUUCUUUGGAGGGGGAAAUAAAUCUGGAUCCAUUCUCCUUUUGUUGACCUCCCACACCCGGGGCUGUUUAACUAUGGAAGAUAAUCUGUCACGGUUUUGCCGAACUGUACCAAAAGUGUAGUUGGGCAGUUGAAUGGAUUCCCUGGGGUAAUCUUUAACUAUUUUAAUGACAGAAAAAAAGAAGAAAAUGCAUUUUAGGAUUCUUUUUUUUUGGGAGGGGGGGGUCAUUUGAAUAUGACAUUGCCUGCUUUGUACAUAAAUGUGUUGAUUAUUAAAAACCUCAAUGAUC